CUAUUCAAACACGCUCUACACAUGACAUGGCACGGCAUUAGCCCACCUGAGCCAGCAAUGUCAGUAGCCAGUGUGGACCUACCCGGGGUAUUAGCGGAGAGAAUGCUGCUUAUAGAUUAUUGAUCAAAAUCAAAAGUCCGGAGCAGUGUUAUUGGUGGGACGCUGUAAAUCUGGCUUGAGAGAAAACCUGUGACGGCGGCAGGCACGACGUACAAUAGCUCCGACAUCGUGCGGUGUAGUCACCUGUAGGUUUGGAGUUGAAGAACAAGUGGAAGUAGUGAAUGUUGACUUGUUUACAGUGGGACUAUUGUACAAGCAUGGCCGACCAGUCCUUUAUCAUUGUCAAAUACGGAGAUGACCAGCAGGCUCUCUUCAACCCCUGGUGCACCACCCACACACUCAUCGAGUGGAUCCGGCGGAAGUGUAACUGCUCGCACGACAUUACCAUUGAUCUCAUUGACCAAGACGGACAGGUGAAGAAUCUCGCAGGAAGUAACGAAGAAUAUGCAAAUGAGCUUGUAAAUGGAAGAGAGACGUACAUCUUAAUACGGGUGGAAAAAGCGGGGGAGAACGGCCAGAACCGAUACGUGUCGCUGUUGAACAACCUGGAACACGUCAACCCGGACCUGAUGGUCAAACUUAACAACCUUUCACGACCAGCCACAAGGAAUCGAAAAGACCGCUUCAAAAAGACAAACAAAUCUGGAAAAAGCGCGUCAAAACCAGAUUCCCCAAACAAGCGACCGACCAGCAGCGAAAGACGGUCUAAACUUGGCAAAUAGAUUGCUAGACAUUCGGAACCUUCCGGCUAAUGUAUGUUUGUGUUUUGAUAAACAAUCGGAGCUGUCACGAACAGGUGCUCGUUAAACUGUGUAUUGUGGGGAUUACGAGCUCGAGCCUACAUCCGGGGGGCAGAACUUUGCAAAACCAAACUAUCGGUAACCGAUUACAUCCACCCGUCCAAUACUGCAGAAACACAGACAUCGAGCAAUACCUCCUGGGUGGAACUGACACGUGACCUGUAUACGUCACAAUGGAACUCCAUUUGUGCACACGACACGUGGUGUGAGUACCAGACUUAUACGUGAAGGAACACACAGAUAAGUGACGUAAGCAGCGCUUUUAAUGAACGCUCGAUGACUCCCUUUAAAAGUCGAACAUUCGUGAAGAGACUCCAAGGGGCAUUCUGCACGGAAAGGAACGAGUCGUUAUGAAUGCAUUUCACGUCAAAGAUGUAUUUCUAUAAAUGUUCAAAUCGUUUCAAGACUGUCGCAAGUAUGGAUGUGAACUUUAAGACGACCAAGGGAGUGUGUUUAUUCAUGUAUGUUCUUGUGUAUGUGCUUCUAUUCAGAUAUACGUCAACAGUCAUUGUUUCAAGGUUUACUGAAGCUGAAUGUGGCUUUAAAUUGCCUUUAGCAACGUUCCAGCUGUAUCACGGGAACAUCAGACAUGCGCAUGACCUAUUACACUGCAUGUGGGGACUCGAACCAAGAACUUCGAAGACUUUAACCACUUGGCUACCGAACCGCUCUGCAGGUUAAGGCAUUCCCUCGUCUCGGGUUCGAAUUCUACAUGGGCAUACAAUGCAUGGAGCCAGUUCUUGAUAUUACUGGACUAUUGAAUUAUAAUAGCACCGGCUCCAAACUUACUUGAUUCCGGGUUCCAGUCGGCCCCCCAUAAUUAUGUUGGUCGUUGGAGGCGACUAAGUGGACCAAAUGGUUAGGCUCAGGUACUUGAUUGGAGGUCAUACUCUGACGGAGAGGGGCAUUGCUCGUGAUAUCAACCACCGGUUUGCCUGGUCAAGACUGGAUCAUUUAUAUCCCGCCGUCAUGGCGCCACAGUACGGCGUGCACUCACUCACACGGGAUCAUGUUUGUGGUGCUACUGAACCAUCAUUGUGUAUAACACUGGCAAACGGACGUACUGCCAUCAUGGCACUAACGUCGCUCUUUGCAAAUCAGACCCUAGUCCUGGGUUCAAAUUCAUUCUAAGUACACCAAAUGAACACCAGAAUGUCAACGUCUAGCUUAGGUUAAAUGACAGUUUCAGCAUUAACCUAAAUACUCGUAGUUAUAAAAAUAUUCACUUUCCUACCUGAUUAUAUAUAUCGACUCCACUUUUGGAUGGGAUAACCCUAUG